CCACACAACUCAGCUUGACUUUUGCAGACAGACCUCCGAGGUCGUGCUUCGCUCAGCAUGGGUCCCAAAGCAACGAAGAAAAAGAAAAACACCAAAGCUGAAAACCUGAAGCUGCUACAAGAGGAGGAGGAGAGACGCCAAAAAGAGGAAGAGGAAGCUCGUGUGAAACGUGAAAAAGAAGAAAUGGAAAGGCUUGAAAUGGAACGAAUUGAGAAAGAAAAAUGGCAACAACUUGAAGUAAAAGAUCUAGAAAGAAAAAAUGAAGAACUUGAGGAACUUUUUUUGUUGGAGAGGUGCUUUCCUGAAGCAGAGAAGCUGAAACGAAAUAAUAGAUUGCUUUCUCAGUGGAUGCACUACAUUCAAUGUGACGGGAGCCCUGACCCUUCAGUAGCCCAAGAAAUCAAUACUUUCAUUAGCUUGUGGAAAGAGGAAACAGAUGAGACUUUCGAGGAAGUCAUUGCAAAGAGUAAACUAGUGCUGCAUUUAAUUAAUAAGUUGAAAUUAACUUUAUUGGAAACUCCACCACAUGAUUUGCAAGAGAAAGAUAUAGCACAGUACCAAGGAUCAAUUCUGGAACUGCAGGAGCUCCUUCACCUGAAGUUUAACAUAGCCACAGAAGUACUACUCCGACAAGCUAGUACUUUGGCAGAUCUGGACACUGGAAAUAUGGAAAAAGUCAUUCAAGAUGAAAAUGUUACCCUCUAUGUAUGGGCGAACCUCAAGAAGAACCCGAGGUACAGAAAUAUCAGAUGCAGUGAAAUACGAACUGCAUUUGAAAUUCCAAGGAUAUUAGCAACAAGUGACAUUGCUCUACGACUCCUACAUACUCACUAUGAUCAUGUCACACCACUGCACCCUGUCCCAACAUUAUGUCAACUGCCUACUUCCACGGAAUCUCACUCUGUCAAAGACGAAGCUAACAAUGUACAAGGAGCAAUUAGCAAAGAGUUCCAAGAAGAGUACAAACAACCAGAAAAUGAGCGUAACUCAGUCCAGGAGGAAGGAAUAAAAGUUGAAGAACAAGGUGAUACUGAAAUACAAAUGGAUUCCACCCAGGAAGAAUCUGAAGACACAAAGUAUAAACUGGAGAUGAAAUUAUUAAGUGAAAUAGUUUCAGCAGCACAGUUGCUGCUCCUGGAGAAUGCUGCUGAAAGGACGUAUUUCUUUGAAGAAAAUGAGGUUGAUAUAUUCCAGUUCACAUCUCUGGGUGGAGUGUACCACUUGGAUAUUUUGGAGCUUCCCCCACAGUGUAAGCCAGUGAAGGGCUGGAUGAUUAUGGAAAUAGUCAAAGAAGGAUUACAGAAAUAUGUAUAUCCUCCAGCAACUACAGAAGACCUUGAAACAGAAAAUGCUUUCCCACCUAUAGACAUCAUGCUUGAGGUUCAUAAGAAUGUGAUCUUUUUUGAGAAUCCUACGAUUGCAAGAUGGGAUGCUGAAGGUGUUCCUCCCAGUUUAUCUGCACGCGAAUGUGGGACUGCCCAGUUCGCAUGCUGCUACCUCCCUGGUUCUCCAGCCGCCACCAGCUUGUGUGCCCGGCUGCCAAUCUCCACCCCUCCUACUGGUCUGGGUAAACAUUGGAAAACUGAUGGCAUCAGUAAUGUAUCUUACAAAUCAGGAGAAAGACUUAUAACAUUCAGCCUGGAGAUUUUUGGCCCUAUUACUUUGAUUCAAGAUACUCAUAUUAACAUGCCAUACCAGUCAUGGGAACUAAGACCACUUGACGAGAAUCAAGUACGGUUGACUGUGACUACAGUAUUUACUGAGAUCCACAUACAAAUUAAGGGAGACCUCUGCAUGUUAGCUUCAAUUAAACUAAAAAAUAAAAAUCAUUACUCUAUUUUGGAAGGAAAAUGGAUGACUCUUUAUUCUUUCAUUAUUGCUUUGAAAGAAGCUGGAUUGAAUAUCUUUCCUACUGGUCACUCUCAUUUUUAUGUUGUUACAAACUAUAAGGUGCCUUUGGUAGAAAUGAAAGCUUAUCGACAAAUGUCCCUGCUAAGUCCUGCUUUUGCAUUUGGUUGGAGCAGGUGGAAUAUGCAAUGUGGUUCUAACAAUGUUGUAUUUAAGGUGAGUGAACACCUUACUAAUGAAGAAGAACCUAUUCAAAACUCGAAUUGGGCUCUUUUAAUGUUUAACGGUGAUAGAGCACAAAGGCUCAAGAUUGACGAACAUAGUGAGGCUUUCUCUGAAGCUGUUAAAGAAGAAACCGAGUUUCAUUCCACUGUCUAUCACAUGGUUAAAGAUUUUGCUUCUGAAGGAGCAAUGGAGAAAGUUAGGAGCUCCGACUGCCAGUUUAUUGACACUGUGUGCCAUCUGCUACUCUCGAUUAGAUUACUCAGCUAUUCGUAGUCUCUGCUGAUACAUUUUAUUCAGUAUGAAGAAUCAAGCAACUUGGAGAAAAAUCGGGUAUUUCCUCAAUAAAA